AUGUUUCCUCCCAUCCCGGUACUCUCCGAUUAUGGAAUCUCGCCUAGCCAUGGCUUCCUGCCGGAAGCCCUUCCCUUGACGAGGCUCCCGGACCCGUACUACAACAAAUGGGAGGCCAUCGUCGCGAACCUGCAGGCCCUGAUCCUCAGCAGGCGCCUCCGAGGCGUCAUCGACCGCCUCCCUGUGCUCUCCACCGUCGGUCUGGAACACGAUGCGGAAUGGCGGAGGGCUUACAGCCUGCUGGUCUUCAUGGCGCACGGUUACAUAUGGGGUGGUGACAGCCCCAGCGACCGCCUCCCGCCCUCCAUUGCCGUGCCUCUCCUGACCGUGUCGGAGAGGCUCGAGGUCCUCCCCGUUGCUACCUAUGCCGGGGUGUGCCUUUGGAACUUCAAGCCGCUGUUCGUCGACGAGGGCAUUGACUCGCUCGAGAACCUCGCCACCUUGACAACCUUUACCGGUGCCAUCGAUGAGUCCUGGUUUUACCUGGUCUCUGUCGCUAUCGAGGCCCGGGGCGCGCCCAUUAUCCCGCUCAUGUUGACGGCCAUGGCCGCUGCCCGCGACGGCGAUGCAGCUGCCGUCGCCCGUUGCUUGCGCGCAUUCGCAGAGCGCCUGGACGAUCUCGGCACCCUGCUGCAGCGCAUCCACGAGAGUUGUGACCCCACCAUUUUCUAUCACCGCAUCCGGCCGUUCCUCGCAGGAAGCAAGAAUAUGGCCGAGGCUGGUCUGCCCAACGGCGUCCUCUACGAGCUCGAUGAAUCUGGUCGCGGCGAGUACCGCCAGUACAGCGGUGGUAGCAACGCCCAGAGCUCGAUCAUUCAGUUCUUCGAUAUUGCGCUUGGUAUCGAUCACCGGCCGACCGGCGAGAAAGCCCCAUCUGGCGAUGGGUCUGCUUCCGAGUCCGACGCCAGCCGCGGCAGGGCCCCUGCGCCCCGUCACAACUUCCUCAUGGAAAUGAGGAAGUAUAUGCCUGGCCCUCACGCGCGCUUCCUGAAUGACGUCUCGUCCGUGGCCAAUAUCCGCGACUUUGUCGAGUUGCGCGGGUCAUCGGACAAGGGACUGCGCAUCGCAUACGACGCGUGCCUUUCGAUGCUGAGCGCGCUGCGCGACAAGCACAUCGCCAUCGUCACGCGCUACAUCGUGACACCCAGCCGGGAGGUCCGCGCCAGGAGCCGCAGCCGCAGCCCCGAGGCCGUGAGGCAGCGCGUCAACCUCGCGACCGCCUCGCGCAGGCAGCAGCAGCCUGCCAAGCCCUCCCGCGGGCCUCAGGGCAUUGCGCUCGACACGAGCGGCGACGGGAAGAAGGACCUGACGGGCACGGGCGGCACCCAGCUCAUGUCAUUCCUCAAGCAGGCGCGCGACGAGACGGGCGAGCCUGCCGUCGACGAUUGGGCGAGGAGGUUCAUGAGCCGGAAGCCGCGCCGGGAAGGAAGAAACGACUUCUUCCUCGGCAAGGAGCAGCUUCCGGUCGAGGAGGUCGAGGUCGCCGGUCUCGCCGGUACUUGGACGAUGGAGGAUGACUUUGGUGGGCUUUGUGCCGUUUGA